CAUCAUUUUUAGUGUAAAACUGUGCAGGUAGAUAGGAUGUGUUCAUCUUCAGUGGAGAAGUGUCAUUUUUAAAACCUCAAACGGUUAUGGUGUUGUGCUGACUCAUCUUUGGCCACUCAGGGUGGGGAUAUGGCGUUGUCCUGUGGGUGGCGUUGGGUGAUUUUGUACGCUUGGCUUACCUGGAAUCUGGUAUGGAAGAGCUCCGCCCAGCAGGUUCUUCAGGUGCUCUAUGGCACUGUAGGGGCAGAGAACUCCACAUAUUACCGUCUUAUACGGCCUGGAUACCUGCAGCUUACACUGACUUCUAUACAAGGGGACUGUGAUAUUUAUGUCUCGGACAAGAAUCAGAAACCUUCAUAUGAUGAUUGUGAAUUGCAGUCUGUGACUUGUGGCAUUGAUCAGGUGGAUAUUCCUGCUUAUUUUGGCAGACCUGUGUGGAUCGGGAUAUAUGGUUACUUCUUACACGAGGAGUCAGAGUAUUCGUUGUCCAUAUCCCACCUUGCGGAUGUUGAUUCUGACUACAUGGACUCUGUGGAACAGGAUGCUGCUGCUCAAAAACCCUCCAAUGCUCGCCCCAUGUCGCCCAAGCAAGGCGAGGAAGAGGAGUCCUUGCUCUUUACCAUAUUUGUCAAUAUUUUGAAAAUUAUUGUAGACAUUCUUCUGUGAUGAAAUAAAGUAGUGCUUCAUCAAAUAUUUUUGAGAAUCAAAAAGCAGCAGUACUGAUAUUGGAAGCCAUAUUUUUUGGAAGAUUUGAAUAUUGAAUUUGAAAUGAUUUUUUAUGUAACAUGUUGGAUUCCAGAUGUCAAAUACGCAAACAUGCUCACAAGUUAAAGGUUUUGUAUAAAUCAUGGCUAUUGUUUCAGAUAUUAAGUAAUUCAUCAGUGAACUUGUCUAUAAUUUUUAUCAUUUUUGUUUAACAUAAUUUUAAAACUGAGCUAAUAUUAUAGAUACUAUGAUGUUACUGUGAAGAAGCUAAUGUAUCACACAAUAUUGUAUUCAUGUUAUGAUAAGUUUGGUUUCAUCAUAAUUUAGUAUUAUUUAAAAUAUUUGGAAAAGUCGAACAAAUACAGUAAUUUCUGGAGUAUAAAUGGAGAAUCCUGAGUCUUCUUGAAAGAAUUAUUUUGAUAUAGCUGGAUCAUAGUCAAACAGUCAAAGUCAAAAAUCUGUUCUGUAUUUGCAUUGGAAUAAAUGUUUGUCAUAUUGUAUGAAAAGCACAUAUACUUGGUGUUCUAAAUCUAGUUUUUAAAGGGUGGGUAUUGCAGCACAUAUACUUGGUGUUCUAAAUCUAGUUUUUAAAGGGUGGGUAUUGGUUGCUGCAGUCUGUCAAUUAAAAGAUAAGACAAUAGAUCAUGAAAUCUAUAUUUUGAAAACUUCUUAAUUUAUUAACUCUAUGUUAAAAAAUAAUCCAUAACACAAAGUAUGGCUGAAUUAUUUACAUGAGUUCAUAUAAAUGGCUUUUCAUUGCAUUUAUCACAACCGUAACAAGCUGGCUGUAGCAAUGUGGUGACAUUAGUGUAGCCGAGAACAGAUCUCUAAGUUAAGACAUGCUGUAUGCUUCUUUAUUCUAAGAUCGUAAGGCUGAUAUCACGUUAAUAAAAAAGUCUAUGUUACAUUUUCUUUUUAUAUUUUGUAUCAAGGUAGUACAGGUAACUACAUUUCUCAUUAUUAGAACAAACAACAAACAAUGACAGGAUAUUCUAAUGUUGUCGAUAUAAAAGUGCAAAGUAAUUAACUCCAUAUCAAUCUUUUGUUUAUGGUGAGGCUAUUCAGGAGAAAGUCUUCUUAGUUUUUCAUAAGGGUCCUAAGCUAUCCCAGUAUCUUGUAUGAAAAUUAUCAAUAACUGAUACAGUUUUGUACUAGUACAAAUAUUCCACACCGUUUUGAUAUAUCACAUGGAUUCACCUGUACAUACUGGGAAUAUCUGCCUUUCACAGAUAUCAAUGAUUAUUGACUAAUUCCAUUCCUUGUAGACAAAAGUGUAUAGUAUAAAUGCUGGCUAACAGACAGUGUUGUGAGAAUAUAACCUACACAGUCAGAAUCAAGCUGAACUGGUCUACUGUGCUGAAGAGCAGAGAGAUGAGAACAAGGGAAAUAACUGCCUCUGGAAAGCUUCUCUUCUAUCCCCAUAUUUACAUUGCAAACCUGGAAAUAGUCAAUCUGUAAAUCUGGCUCCCACUAUUUUGCAUAAGCACAUUUAUUUUUUGUUUUGAGCACUGUUGCUAUUUAAUGUUAAUGGGUUAAGCCUUCAUGUCUACAUAGAAUGCAAGAGGAGCGUAAUUAGAUUAAACCGAUUAGUGAACUGCUCUGGUCUGUGGAUGUGCCAGGUCUGCAUUUGGUCACAUCAUUAGCCCAUGGCCAGUGUGAUUGUGGGAUAAAAAUCUGACCCCAUUUGCUUGGCACCUGGUUUACAUCAGCAGAAUUUCAGAUACCUGGUAUGGUGGUGUGGCCUCUAAUGAACAUCCAAUGAGCCUCUGCAUGUUUUCACAAUUCAGAAUCCUAUGUUAGAAAAAUAUUCUUAAAUCUGAUAAAAUAUAUGAAUUUCAGAUGAAACUAUCAGGUAUAUAUUUAAGUAAAAAGCUGAUUUCCAUAAAAUGGUUGUAUUCUAAAAGAUUUGCAUAUAAAAAGAUCACAUCCCCACAUUACAUAAAAUUCAGACUUGAGCUAGAAUUGGAAAUUUUGUCGCCGUUCAUUAAAAACUUGAAGAAUAUUCACAAAGCAUUUGUGCAUGUACAUGUAUUUAUUUUAGUCUGCACUGCUUGUUGAUACGAUUUGGAUUCAGAGACAAAUGUAAUUUGUAAAAUGCUGGUACAUGUAUGCAUUGAUAUAAUUAUUUGUUUGAAAGAAACAUGAUGUAAAUUUGUAAAUAAAUUUAUUUUGUGUGAUGUAAUAUUUGUGUUGUUCAUCUGGUUAAUUCAGCAACUGCAGUGGCUACCUAGUCUGAUAUUAUCCUUUUAAUAGAAUGUUGUUUUACCUUGAAAAAUUUGAGAUUUAGUUGUCAGCUUUUUCUAAUCUAUAAAUGCGGGUAAACUUGUAUAUUGAAAAUUAAUCUUACCUACUGGCCAUAAAGGGUAACAUCAAAAGGGAGACUGGCUCUUUCAGGCCAUCAUGACAAACAUGUUUGUUAGGCAUAACCUGGCUGUGCCUCCCAAAUAAAGAUUCUCUACUCUGACAGUGUUUGUGAUAGUUCUUU